AUGCGAAAUAAGGCUCAUACUUUACCAUAUUUUUUCUCAAGUCUCUUAAAUCUGGAUUACCCCAAAGAUAGAUUACAUAUUUGGAUAUAUAGCGAUUAUAAUGAAGACAAUAGUGUGAAUGUUAUAAAAGACUGGAAGCAGAAAUAUGGUUCAGCUUAUAAGGCUAUUUAUGUGAUCACAAAUGUUACAAGUGGCCGGCUUCACGAAGAUGAGAAAAGUUCUGCAAAUUGGAGCCUUAUACAUUUCAAACAUGUGAUCAACCUGCGUGAGAAAGCAAUUACCUUUGCCAGAAAAAUCUGGGCAGACUUUAUAUUUAUCGUGAAACAUCAUUAUAAGAUCACGUUAGUCCUUGAAGACGACAUACACUUCGUACCGUUUUUCCGUCAACGUUUCCAAAUAUUGCUGAAAGAAAUCGAGGUGUUAGAUUGGGAUUUGGUUGACACAUGGAAAUCUUAUUUUCCGAAUCGCAAUCUGAAAGCAUUCUCAGCAGCCCCUCUUUUGGUGCACCCAACACACUACACAGGCCAAAAAGGCUAUAUAAGCGACACGGAGGACUCCAAGCUGGUUGAAGAACAGGAGAUUUCGGGCCCAGCAAAAGAUGAGCUC